UAGAUGUAGCGAAAGCGGCCCGAUCUCAUUUGUGACAGCCGCUCCCUCCUCCAUCCUCAGGCCGAGGAAAGCCGAACACACUGCGCUCAAUCUGAGACACGAACAUUGAAGCGUCCACAAGACAAGAGCGGGUUUUUGUUCGUUUGUUUGUUCGUUUGUUUGCCGUGUUCGCGUCGAUCGGAGAGAUCAGAGAGCAGGAGGGUGGAGGACCGCCGCUGUCAUGAUUUCAUAGACGCCGCUGAUUUAAACAGACAGGAGGAAAAGGGGCGAUUUUCUUGAUCAAGACAACGCGGAUAAAUCACGGAUCGAAGGAAGUGGGAAUAUAAACGCGCGGUGGACGAUGGACGUGAAUUCACUGUCAAACCACGGUGUCAUGUCAGGAACCAGGAAGAGAAACCAGCAGAGUGGAUGCUGCUGCUGCUGAUGAUGCUGCUGCUGCUGCUGCCUCCUCCAGUCAACUGCAUUAUCAGCAAAAACUGUGGCCUGCUUUCAUUUCAUCUGAUACUGAGCAGUAUCGCUGACUUUUAACGGAAAUAUUCUUUAUUAGUACUUUUUUGGUUGUUUUUGUGCUCAAAUCCUGGCAGAAAAUCCUCUUUUUUCGUGGGAAAAUCUUUUAUGUGGAUAAAAUAAUUUCCUGAAACGACAUUUUUUUUGUAAAUGAUAAAGAAAAAGAUUGUUUAGGAACAGUAACCUCCGUGUGGAUAAGGCCCAAAGCUGCAGUCGGCACGGAAACCAGAACUGGAAAAUUAGCAGUUUGUCUGAGUUUCAUCAGCAAAUCUUUUAUAAACUAACUAACUAUAGAUAGUUUGGGAUUGCAGCUUUCUGUCUUGUGCUCCUCUCAUCAGCCAAACAUGGAGAAACACAACAAAGGAACCAAGGAAAUCUCUGGAAUUCUGCUGAUACUGAUACAUGUCCGACUCUAGUUGAGACUCCUUAGGUUUCUUUGCAGUGUAGGCAGUUGUUGCUGAUACUGGAGUAGCAUUCUUUCCACCUGUGUGCAGAGUAAGUGCUGGUGAUGCCACAGAUUUAGUUGUGAGGCUAUAAACAUAGUCCAGAGGAGGUGCCAGGAGUGUUCUCUCUCUUUUAGAUCACUAGUUUUACGUUAUACUAAAAGGCUAUAAUGGCCCACUGAACCUUUACAAUUACUCUGCACGACCUAAAGAAACCCUCACAUCUUUCUGACUUGACUCUUUUGUGAUGCUGGAUGUGGUGAAGAUGAAGGAGGUGUGCAGGAUCUGUGCUCGUGAGCUCUGUGGCAACCAACGCCGAUGGAUUUUCCACCCAACGGCCAAGCUCAACUUGCAGGUGCUGCUUUCCCACGCUCUGGGCUGUGAAUUGACUCGGGACGGCCGCGGGGAGUUUGCCUGCUCCAAGUGCACCUUCAUGCUGGACCGCAUGUACCGCUUCGACACAGUGAUAGCCCGAGUAGAGGUCCUGUCUCUGGAGCGGCUCCACAAGUUGCUGCUGGAGAAAGAUCGACUGAGGCAGUGCAUUGGAGGACUGUACUGGAAGAACAACGUAGUGGGUGGGGAUGUAUCUCUGGCUGGGCCUGGAGUGGGGGUCGCUGUGACUCAGGUGGAGUCUGAAGACUCACCUGUGGUUGAUUUAUCAGCCCUCCAGGAUGCAAGAUAUUCUGAUAUGAUCCAGGAUGAUCUAGCUUUUUCCGUGUUUGAGUCAUGGGCUGAUAAAGACGAAGACUCUCUCCUGGACAACCAGCACCACCAUCUCCACCACUGCACAGGUGGAGACUCCCUGUCUGGCCAGAAGCAGAGGCGUUGCAGAGGUUGUGCGAUGCUCCGUGUAGCAGAUUCUGACUAUGAGGCCGUUUGUAAGGUGCCUCGCAAGUUUGGUCAAAGGAGCACAUCCUGUGGACCAGCUACCCGCUACUCAACAACUCAGGGAGUUGAGGAGCCAACUAAAGCCUCUGAAACUACAACCUUGGCCUUUGAUUCUCCUUCAUCUGGUUUGGACACUGAUAGCACUUUGUUCAACCAAAUGAGUCCCAGUCCAGUGUCUUCUGUGGAAUCUCUGGACACUGCCGUGGACGUCAGUUGCUCUCCUGCAUAUAACAAAGUGAGGGAAGAAUCAGAAACAGACAGUGCUCCAGCAAGAAGGGACACUCAUUUGGAAAGUGCCCCAAGUGAGAGCUCCCUCUCUGGGCUUGAGGUGAUGCUGAGGCUCCUGAGGAACUGGAAGUACCAGCCACUGAAGCCUCAAAGGGGCAGCAAACUCCCAGUUCUGGUCAAAGCCAAAUUGGAGCAAGGCAUUUCCCGGCAUCUGUCCAUCUCGUUGAGGUCAUCCUGUGGAGGGGUGGUGGACAGUGAGCUGUACUCUCUUCUGUCUAUACCAGAGGUUGUGACCCCAUGUCCCCAGCAGGACCUGCAGACUGAGCUGGCAGAGAUGGAGGACCAGUGGCUGGAUGAUUAUGUUCAAUGUGGGCCAUUCCGCUUUCAGCAGAGGCUCAUUUAUGAGCAGACGGGUCAGCUGGGUCACGAUGAGAGCACCGCAGGUCAGUGUAUGGGUAACCUGCAGAAGGCCCAGCAACAGGUCCACUCCCUGCAGGCCAAGAUCAGAGAGAGUGACAGCAGGAACCAGAAGCUGCAGGAACGUCUCAGUGACAUGGAGCUGGAACUGCGUUUGGCCCAAGAUGAAGCCCAGCAACAGGAGCGAAACAUCCAGAACAUCAGUGAUAUCGCCAGUUCAAAGGAGGCAGAGGCUGCAGAUCUUCACAGGGUGAUUGGGGAGCAGAAUACGAUGCUGUGUUCUCUCAAAGAGCUCACCAACCUGCAACAGCUCCAGGCGUCAGGGGCAGAAAGUGUUCAAGGUCAGAGUGAGCUGCUGGCUCUGCAGGUCUCUCUCUUCCAAGCUCAGCUGGAGCUGCAGGCCCAGGACCGGGCACAGCGGCAGGCAGCAAGAACACAGGAAGACCUUAGCCAAGCCCUGCAGAGGCUGGACAAUGACCUGCAGGGGGCGCUGCAGCACAGGAGGGAGACAGAGAAGCAUAACCAGGAGCUGCAGUUGGCUCUGGAGAAGGCUCGACUGGUCCUGCAGGAGAAAGAGGAACAGCUGAGAGAGGCUCAGCAAGAGAGACGGAGGGAGGAGGAGGAGAGAGAGAAGAGCAUCAGAGAGCUGAGGACGUCUCUGCAGACCAAAGAACAGCUGCUGGAGGAUUACGAUGAGCUCCUGGAGGAGCAGCAGAGGGAGAAAAGAGACUUCCUGCUUCAGAAACUCCACCAGCGCAUCAGGGAGCGCGAUCGAGCUCUGGAGCGAGCAGUGGAUGAGAAGUUCCUCUGUGUGGAGGAGAAAGAGGAGGAAGCUCGACGGCUUCAGCUGCUGCUCCGAGAGAAGGAGAGAGAUCUGGAGAGACAGCGCUGUGUCCUGCUCAACAACGAGGAGACCAUCACUAGCCUGGAGCUGCUGCUGCGCGGUAAAGCUGCAGAGCUGGAGCAGAUGAGCGACGCCUGGAGGAACGUUCAGCGGCAGCAGCAGCACAGUGAAGGGAGACAGAGCCAUGCCCUGAGGGAGAGAGACACUAUCAUCGGCCAGCUGCAGGAGGCGCUGCACACCAGCACUCAGGAGGCACAGGAUCUGCGCUGCUCUUUGUUGGCUCAGAUCCACUCAGCUCCGGGCAAUGUUCUGGAGGAGUUGAAGGGCCGCCUCCAGCUCAAAGACCGCCUCUUCCAAGAGGUACUUGCUGACCGAACUCGUCAGGCCCAGGAGCACCAGGAUCAGGUCCAGAGUCUGCUCACUGCCCUCAGCUCCAGGGACCAGUACAUUCAGGCGUGUGGAAAGCAGCUGGGUGAGGUGAUGACAGAGCAGACGUCCAGGAUCCAGGAGCUCCGCAGACAGCUGAGCUCAGGUCUGGGGUCGAGUACCGACCCUGGAACAGACUUGGCCGUGGAGCUCCAGGUUGUGCAGGAGGAGCUGUGUGUGGCUCUGAGGAGGGAGAAGGAGAACCAGGAGCUGAGCCGGAGUCAGGCUGACCAACUGGACUCCCUCAGCAGGAAGCUGCAAGUCAAGGACGUGGUCAUUAGGGACUUCCAGAGGCAGCUGGUGGAUCCUUCAGACCUCCCACUGGUGGAGCGACUGACCCAGGAGGUUCAGGAGCUGAGGGAGAGCCUGGUACAGCAGGAUGGUGGCCUCCCAGCCGCAGGCCCUGACCUCUUGGGCCGUAACCGGCUCAAUGGCAGGCAGCCUGAGUUUGGAGAACCCAGUUCAGAGGACGAGGCAUAUGAUGAUCUGUCACUGACCGACACCAAGAGCUGUACACGUCCAGGAACUGCUGCAGCACAGGAUGUGUUAUUUGAAAGCCAAGGUCUGUUGGAGGUCAAGGAGUUGGUGGAGCAGAAAAGGGCAGUGGAAAGAGAGCUGAAUGAGCUGAAGCUUCAGCUGGAGAAGAGCGGCUUCUCCUCACUUUCACAGAUGAGGAAAGCUCUGUUCAGCCUCCAAGCAGAGAAGGAAGAAUUAAAGCGUCAGCUGACUGAAGGCCUGCAGGCCAACAGGAAACAUACCGAUGACCGGCAGGUUUUGGAACGAGAGAACCACGAAGAGAAAGAGGAGGAGCUGGAUGUGACCAUCGAAGGCUCAGAGAUGUGGGAGGCCUGGGACAGUGAGCUGCCCGAGCCACACUCCAACAUCCAGAGCAGUGAGGAGCAGCGGAGCAGACCCCAGUCACUGCAGCAACUCACCACCUCCUCACAGGCUGCUGAGCGGGACAGUGAGUCUGCGUCUCAUGGUCGUCUGCAGCAGAAGAGCACAGAGCUGAAGGAGAGGCUGACAGUACAGGCUCAGACCGAGCAGCUCAACACUACAGCGGGGGCGACGGUGCAGCGGAACAGUAAGCUGAUCCAGGUUGACCUGCAGGACCCGGGCUAUGAAACCUGCGGCCGCAGCGAGAACGAGGCUGAGAGGGAGGACACCAGCAGUCCAGAGUUUGAUGAUCUGGAGAUGUGCACAUCUCUUGACUGUGGCUCUCAGUGGUGGCCUGCUAACAACAACAGCAGCAGCGCUCCUUUUACAAAAGCCACUACCCACGGCUCUGGUGAUGGAGAUGAGGUGUCAUCUCUCCAGCGCCUUGUCGAGGACCUUCGCUCACAGCUGUCCCGCUCUCAGGGAGUCAUCCGGGGCCUCCAGGGCCGCCUGGCCUCCCUCUCCACCUGCAGUGACUAUGGAAACUCCACCACGCCUCGCAAAGUCAACUGGUGCAUCCAGAACUCACCCGCGCAGAGCGGCACAGAAGACGAUGAGGGCUGGCAGUCCUCAGACGGGGGUCUACUGGCUUCACCUCAUCACCCUCACUCAGACAAGGGCCUCCAGGAGCUGGUGUCCCGGGUGGAUGCUCUGGAGAACCAGCUGAGGAGAGGAGGGAAGAAGUCUGUGGACCAGGAUGGAAUAUCUGCUAAAGGUCCAGGAAAAUUCGACACUCUGAUCCAGGCUCAGGCCAGAGAGCUGUCUCACCUCCGUCAGCGGCUGAGGGAGGGUCGCAGCGUCUGUAACAUCCUCACCCAGCACCUCGGAGACACCACCAAGGCCUUCGAGGAGCUGCUGAGGGCCAACGACAUCGACUACUACAUGGGUCAGAGCUUCAGGGAGCAGCUGUCUCAGAGCAGCUCUCUGGCACAGAGAGUCGGCGCAAAGAUCAACGGACGAGAUCACCCUGAAGAUCCAGAUGAGAAGACAGAGCUGCUCGCCAUCCGGCUCAGUAAGGAGCUGCAGCAAAAGGACAAAGUCAUCGAGUCUCUCCGCGCCACACUACACCAGCAUCAUCAUCAUCAUCGUCCUCCGUCUCAUGGUUCUGACACGCCCUGCAGCAGCCACGCCCUCUCCGAUGUCACGGACCAAUCCGAUCGCAUCUCCUACGUGUCCGACGACCGUGGAUCGACAAACGACGACGUGGAGGUUCGCUCCAACGCGGACAUCGUCCACGGGCUCAGCCGGGAGGAAAUACCGACUUCUGCCCGAGGCAGCUCAGACUGCCACUCUCACCACAGUAGCACCACAUCACACCAUCAUCCAUCUGCCCCUCCAUCCAUCGCCUCAUCCCACAGAACCCAGUCCUGCCUCAGCUGUCCCAGCAUGCAUUGCCCCAGCUCUCCACACACAACUGCUGACAUGAAGAGUAAGACAGCUCCUGCUUCAGUCUUCACCUCUGCCCCCUCGUUCCCUCCUCCCUCCUCCACUGCACAAACUGCAUCCUUGCCCUUCCAUUCCCACCCAGCCACCAUGCGAACCCGUUACCAAGGCAGCGGCACGGGAGCAGGUUUCUCCUUAGCUGAGGUGCAACAGGAGCUGCAGAUGUUACAGAGGCAGCUGGGAGACAGUGAGAGGUUCUCCACCCCCCAGUCCAAACCGCUCCACGGUUUCCCGUUCACCCACCAGCAGUCCGACCCCUCUGCCUUCGUGCCACUCUCCUUCCAUGGAUACCAGCCUUCUCCUUUCACAAGCAAUCUGGAUGCCAGCUUUGCCAUGAAAGCCGGGGCCAGCCUGCUGGAGAGCAGUGCAUUGUGGGAUAAGACCUACGGGCUCCGACCAUCGCGACUCGGAGCCGACCUGUCGUCAGGAUCAUCGGGGUACCAGUCGGGCACCAGCCACACAGGUUCAGACCUGAUGAAAGAGCAUCUGAGGGAGGUGAGGACUCUGAGGCAGAGACUGGAGGACUCCAUCCAGACCAACGACCGCCUCCGGCAGCAGCUGGAGGACAGACUGGUCCACACUGCCGCUGAGAAAGGUGCUCCGACCAACAUCUACAUCCAGGGUCUGGACUCCGUUGGUCAGCUCUCCUCUGAGAUCAGACUCCUGAAAGAGGAGAACGUCAGACUGCAGGAGCAGCUGAAGCAGGCCACUGCCGAGGGCGGUAAGGAGGUGGAUCAGCUGAAAGAAGCCGUGCUCCAGGAGCAGAGCAGGUUGAAGGAGGCAGAGCUUGAGGUGGAGCGAUGGGCGGAGCAAAGCAGGAAGUUGCGAGCCGAGGCUGAAUCUCACGACCAGGAGAUAACACAACUGAAACAGGAGCAACGAAGCAGCAAAGAAACCAUCAACAGACUCCAGCAGCAGCUGAGUGAGAACCACAGCCUCGUCCACUCUCUUCAGUGUCAGCUGCACACGCGCCGCAGGGAGGGCGGAGUCACCACCAGCACACAUUUGGGUCAGGUCAGUGACAGAGUCCAGUCAGGACACAGUGGUGUCACCUUUGACCUGGGUGGAUGGCCUCAAGCCAAGAGGCAACUCUUUAACGAUAACGCUCUAUCUCCUCCUGUAAGAAACGCCUCCUCUCCUCUGCAUCCUGUCCACAAACAAACAGGAGAGACUGGAGCUGAAGAUCAUGCCUCUACCCUUCAGCACCAAGUAGCAGGUGUUUCUUCUACCAGCCAUCAUGGCUGUCAUGCAGUGGGCCACAUUGAUGACUUUAAUGCCCUGCAGCAGCAGAUCCUGGAGGGCAGCACCUUGCUCUGCAAGAUGAAGGCCGCCCUAUCUACUUCCUCUGUGCUGCAGGAGUUCAGCCUUCAUCAGCCUUCAGACUCAAUGGAGACGCUGCUGUUGGACACUGAAACCCUGCAACAGAUCCUGGAGGAGGUGGACUCUCUGCUGCAGAUGUUCUGGAGAGCAGCUCUGCCAAACGCUGAGGAAACCAAAGAGGAUCAGUCUUUGACAGAGGAAGUGGCUUCUCUCCGUCUGAGGCUCUCAGAGCAAGAGCAGGCUCUAAAGGACGCCAUGGAGAGCCUGAGGAGCUCCAACCGCACCAAAGACAGCAUGGAGCACUUUAUAGUCAGCCAACUGUCGAGGACACGGGACGUCUUGAGGAAAGCCAAGACAAACUUACAGGAGAACCGGCUGAGGAUUUCUUCCCUUCGCCAAGCCUCUUUCGCAAAUCCUCCCCCCUCCCCCUCUUCCAUUUUCCCCUCCUCUUCUUCCUCCUCUUCCUCACGCCCCUGGCCUGUUAAAGGUGAAAACACAAGAGGCUUCUGUGAGCUCGCCUUCUCUCCUGGUUGGAGUGUCCUGAUGAAGCCCCAAACCUCCACCUCCAUCCUCUCGUCCUCCUCUGCUGUAGUGGGACCUGCUUGUCACCAGCGCCCCCUGCAGGCAGCCUUUCUGUAGCGCACCAGCCUGUCGUCACCUCAUCAGACACUCAGAGAGAAUCCUGGCUCUCUGACUGACUGGAGAAACAUUUCAUUUCAUUUCAAUGAUGGACUGUAUAUGAAUGGAUGCUUGUGUUGUGUUAGAUUUCUGCUUUGGUUUUAAUAAGCUACGUCGUAAUGGGACAAGAACACGUGUGUGACGAGUCACGUCACACAAUCCAGUAUUUAAUAGAUGUUUAAUUUGAUUUAAUAGACAAUUAAAGGUCCAGUAUGCAACAUUUGUGCCUUAGCCACAAGAUGUCAGGAAACAAAUAUAGUAUUGAUGUGAUGUUCCACUCCUUCUUUUUGUGUUUUUAUGCCCUUUAUACUCAUAUAUAUACACGAUUACAUGUCUACCAGGUACCAUUGGAACACAACAGUCAACAAAGGAACAGUAACGAGCUGUGAAGACCAAAUGCUCUGUAAUGUAUCUCGGGCUAGCCAUUGUUAGCAUUAUCAGUUGACAACAAAGCUCUACGCAGUGUUUGGUGAAAGUUUGUGAUAGAAUUUAAAAAAAUAAAAGAGCACCAUAUGUGCGACUGAUUGACAGUGGAACAAACACUACAGGAGCGCUAUUAAAGGUAAAAGAAGCAGUGUUUUCCUCCUGGACUUCGUAAUCCCCUUUGUUUUUGGUGUGUUUAACGGCUACAAAUAUUGGCUCUCAAGUGUUGCAUAUUGGACCUUUAAAUAUCACAAAACAAUAGUAAAUAUCGCACAAGUGCAGCAGACUUUGUGUGUGUUUGCAGACGCGAUGACAUUUACAAGAUUUCUUGAAUGCAUCUUGAAGCUGCUCCGCUAAGAUCAACACUGUGAACCCUGCGUCACUGUCACCCUUACCGUAGCAUUUUGUCUAGAAAUGCCCAGCCCUCGUGGUGUCAUCGUUAACAGAGUGAGUAUAGGUGUGAUACAAGUUUUCAUUGAGGCAUCAACUGAAAUGUUGUCCUUAUUUAUUUAUUAUUCUGAGACCAGUUUGGCUGACGGUGGCAUAAACUGGGUGUAAUGCAGUGUUCGGAGUUGAUGGAAAUCUUUCCGCAGGGAUUUAAUGACGACAGGAACAAGGAGGCUUCACAUGAGCCAAAGCCACAUUUUUCAAGUGCUUCCUCUGAGCUUCUGUUGAAGCUUGUAUUUGUAGUUGGGGUGGUUUGAGCAGCUUGUAGGAACAAAGCCAUACUCUCAUGAUGGUGCAGCAGAUACUGUAGGCUUCUGCUUUGUCCUCAUUGUAUUUAUAUCAAGAUAUACUACUGAUAAAAUGGAAAAAGUCGCACACAUAUUACACAGGUAGCGUUUUGCAUUUUCUGUUUAACAAUACACCAUAAUAGAAUUUACACAUGCAACUACAAAAUGAUGCAGUUUAUUAUGUUUUAAAAAUGGUCCAACCCAGUUUUGGAAAACCCGCUGGUAAAGCUGCAGCAUCUUAUUAGCCCAGUGUUAAUUACACUGUAGUCAUCAAUCUGCUUAGGAGUGUGUUUUUGUACAAAAUCCCCCAAAACUGUGCAGCUUCAACCAAUCAAAAACAAAAUCAGGAAAGGAAAACCUUCGUUUUUCGUCUCCAAACUGGUGACGCUCAUUGUGCAUACUAGCUUUUCUGAAAUAUUUCUUACUUUCUUUCAUUUUGACUUGAUUUCUGUGUAGCAGUUUUAUUCUGUGCAUGAACAGUUGCUUCACUGACCUCUGAAACGUUAAUGGAAAUAUGCAAAUUAGGGAUUACUGUGCAAUACCAGCCUUUGUGUGUCCUUUCGUGUUGCCGUAUUAGUCCUGGGUUUCAAAGUGCCAUGUCGUCGGAUUUAUUCUUUGGAUGAAUACGUUCAGUGAAGCAGUUUAAUGGCUUAAUAUCAACCACAGUGUUAUGUAUUCUUUGGCAAAGUAACAGCAGAAAAUGAAUAAUAAUGAAUUUGUGUUUUUUAGCAAUAAGAUCAACCAAAGUGGACAACCUAUGUUGUCAAAUCAGGUGUAAAAAUCUUAAAAUAUUAUUUUGUGUGAUUUCUCAUGGGUGAUUUUAUUGUGGUUUUAGGAGCCACAACUCUUGUGUAAAUAUUUAAGGGGGUGUGUUUAUCAAUUUAAGAUAUUUUAUUAUUUUGCUGCUGUGAGAGAAGAUGCGACCUUUGGAUAAAGACCAGAUGCAUUUUUAAGCAUGUUCUCUUUAUUAAAACUCAUUUUGAUUAAAAGGAUUUUAAAAAAAGGACCUUUUCAAUAAAAGGCACAAGGAACAAAACAACUU